CGACAAGUGAGGAUGGGAUCCGCAGCUGACUACGAGACGACGAUACGAGCGCUCAAGAAAAGCCUUGCGGACGCGCGGAACCAACAGCUUCGCGCCGAGACGGCGCUGGCCCGCACCCAGCGCGACCUCGCGGCGGCGCCUCGGGUCGACGCGACGACCGACACAAUUCUGUGCGAGAUUGCUGCGUGCACCGAGGAACUCCGUGCAGAGGCGCAAGGGUCGACGGCCCAUGCACUCAACUCAACGAUCGCCCGCCUUGGCGCGUUGCAGCUCACGGUUGCUGCUGCACAACAGCGCCAACAUGCACACAUUGUCGCGCUUGAGACCGACGUCGCGCACCUGCGAGCCUCCAUUGAGCACCAGCCACGACGCAAAGACUACCAAAUGACCCAGCUGGAAAACCAAGCGCUUAGCCAAGAGAAUCUGCGCCUGCGGCGCGAGCUCACCGCGACCCAGGCCCCGGCCGCGCCACCGUCCAUGCCCGUUGACACGCAGCGCGCGAUGCGGCGCGACAAGCUGUUGAAAAAGCUGCGCGUGCAAACGAGUCGGAGGGGCGAUGCGAUAGCAGGCGACAUUGUCCUCGAUGGCGAUAUCAUUCUGGACAACAUUAUGCGCCAAAAGGUGGGUUUGCUCUGCAUCGACAUGAUCGUCGACAUGAGCCAGCGAGUCGGGAAUCCACGCGUCGCCGAGCUGCCUCGCUACAUUGCCAAAAUGGCGCACACGUGCGCAACGAUCCCGCGCCUUUUGAAGUUUGCGAAUUGCGUCGCGACGGCACUCGGCGCACCUGCUCGUUGCGAGCUCCCGGAUCUGGACGCUCUGACCACAGACUUGGUGCACUUUCGCCGUGACUACGAAGCGCUGCAGCUGGCGAUGGAGCCCCCUGGGAGCACGAUCCACGCGCAUUUGGUCGACGUGAUGAAGGCGCUCAACGUGACGACGCUCGCCGCCAUGGUGCCGGCGAUCGUGGAAAUGCGGUCGCUGUUAGUGACACAGCGCGAGUUUGCCGCUGCGCUGCGUCAGCUCCUUGGGCUCGCACGUGGCGCGACGACGAAAGACAUCCUCGACGUCUUGGGCCGGUACUUGACGACGAUUGGCCUCCGUCGCCACGAUGCGGAACCGUGACAUGCACUUCAACUUGGGACAAACCCGACGUUUUACCCGUGUAAAACCGACCACCGUCAUUCCCAUCCUUCAACUGUGAUGACUCGCCUUGAAGAGAGCCGCCUGGAACGCAGGCGUACAUAGUACAUACAGGAGACUCCGUCUGAAAGAGUUGAUGUGCAUUGGUGCAGGUCGUAACGCCACCUACACCCUUGCAUCGUUUUGGGC